CAAUGCUUCAUUAGCAGCAGCAAGCAGCGUGGCGAAGACAGAGAGAGCCACAUGAUGGAGAGAGCAUCGUCUCUGACUAACAGGUUCUGAAGAUCCGCAAGGAGAAGUUAAAACGAAGAGAAUGGACAAGUCAUGAAAGUCUGACAUAAGGAAGGAGAGACUUACAGGUUUCACACGAGACCUGCCUGCUGGACCAGGUGCUGGAGCUUUUUAUGAAUGAGAAGCCACACAACAGUGCAAGCCUUUUUCUGAACGAGGACACAGAAAAACCAACGUUGCCGGACAAAGUUGAGCUCAGGACGCGUUUUCGCAGAGCCAUGGAGAAGAGAGCAGGCAGCAUGAGGCAGCGGAUCGGCUCCUUCAGCAAGGAAAGCCUCAAAGGUUUCUUCAGGAGGAACCUGUUCGUUUUGUUCACAGUGGCCUCUGUGGCUCUUGGUGUAAUCCUGGGCUUUGCGCUACGACCCCAUAACCUGUCCAUGAGGGAGAUAAAAUACUUUUCCUUUCCUGGGGAGCUCCUGAUGAGGAUGCUGAAGAUGCUGGUACUGCCGCUGAUUGUCUCCAGUCUGGUCACAGGUAUCUCCUCAUUGGACAGGAGAGCAUCGGGAAAGAUGGGUGUGCGUGCGGUGGUCUACUACAUGGUGACCACACUGAUCGCAGUAUUUAUCGGCAUCGUGAUCGUCAUGAUCAUCCGGCCGGGGAAAGGCUCCAGGGACAAUCCUGCGGUUAAAACCGGAAACAUUGAAUCCAUUCAGGCUACUGAUGCUUUUCUGGACCUCAUCAGGAACAUGUUUCCCCCUAAUCUGGUAGAAGCAUGCUUCGUUCAGCAUAAAACGGUGUAUAAGAAGAUUGUUUAUACAAGAAACGUGACUCUCAACCUCACCGACUUGCUUAACAUAACAGACUCUUCUCUGAAUGAAAACCUCACUAGGGUGCAACGCACCAUACAGGAGACAGUGGAGGAAACGGUUCCUGUGUCUGGUUCCUCGGCCGGAGUGAACGCUCUGGGUCUGGUCGUCUUCUCCAUGUGCUUUGGUCUGGUCAUUGGUAACAUGAAAGAACAGGGACACGCUCUUAAGGAGUUCUUUGACUGCUUAAACGAGGCCAUAAUGAGGCUGGUAGCCAUCAUCAUUUGGUACGCUCCAGUCGGAAUCUUGUUUCUGAUUGCUGGAAAAAUAGUGGAGAUGAAGGAUCUGGCGGAAGUGGGUGGUCAGUUGGGGAUGUACACAGUAUCUGUCAUUGUGGGUCUUCUAAUCCACGGACUCUUCGUCCUGCCGCUGCUCUACUUUCUGGUUACCAGAAGGAAUCCCUACAGUUUCAUUGGCGGCCUGCUGCAGGCCCUUAUCACCGCUUUAGGGACGUCAUCCAGUUCUGCUACGCUGCCCAUCACUUUCCGAUGUCUUGAAGAAAACAACCAUGUUGAUAAACGAGUGACUCGCUUUGUCCUUCCUGUGGGCGCCACCAUCAACAUGGAUGGGACCGCGCUCUAUGAGGCUGUGGCAGCCAUCUUUAUUGCUCAAGUGAAUGACAUGGACCUAAACUUUGGGCAGAUUCUCACCAUCAGUAUCACAGCAACGGCUGCCAGCAUCGGAGCAGCAGGCAUCCCUCAGGCUGGCCUGGUGACCAUGGUGAUUGUAUUGACAUCGGUGGGACUGCCCACGGAGGACAUUACACUGAUCAUCGCCGUGGAUUGGUUCUUAGACCGUUUGCGGACCACCACCAACGUGCUGGGCGACUCGCUCGGUGCCGGCAUCGUGGAAUAUCUCUCCUGUGAAGAACUGCAGAAUCAAGACGCUGACUUGCGAAACUCUGUGAUUGAGGAGAAUGAGAAGUCAUACCAGCUCAUCUGCCAGGACAAUGACACACUGAACCACCUCAACAACGAGACCACAAUGUGAGGAGAUUAGUUUUCAUCUGAAAAAACUUAACAAAUCACAAACAUUUCACCAAGAAAGUGAGGAUCAUUGAGACAGAGGACUUUCUUAAACACCUUAAAUUGAAAUCGGUUAAAUAAGCUCCAUUUUCUGCAACAAAUGAGACAUUCUUAAAGGGAGGGAGUAUUAAGUAAAGCUCAAAAAGUCAACUUUUUGAGCUUCAUAGCAUGUCAUAAUGUGAUUCCCUCAUCUAAAACAUAUCUGAAGAGUUGCUUUGAUUCUUUCAGGCAUGUUUGAGGAAUCAUUCAAUCUCCUGUGGCAGUCAUUCGGGUUGCCUAAACUCUGGCUCUCACAAUGCACCAACUUUUUCCACAAAGCUCCUCCCUGGAGUUGCAGUCCCAAAGUCGAACUUCUGCCUUACAGUGAACUCCUCAGUCACAACUCCCCCACUCAGCUCCUUCAGACUAGUGGCAGCGACAAUUAGGAAUUGCCAAACUUUGCCGAGCUCAUCAUACGAACAGCUUCCAAGUGCCAACGUUGCUGAAGGUGUUAUGGAGAAGCAUUGUUUUUGAUGACGUGCUGAUGGCGGAGUGUCAGAGAGAGCAGGAACUUCUUAAAGAAACAGAGACCCAAUUUCAAGGCAUCAAAUUAUAAAGUCAAAUUUCUUUUGUUAUAAUUUAUGAAUACAGCACUUUCAUAACAAUUAAAGCUAACAUAGUUUUUCCCCCCUGUAUCCUAGAACAUUAAUAUAAAAAUAAAUUUAGGCCACAUAAAGUUCAGAACCCUUCACAUUUCCAAAACUUUAUUUAUCCACCAUGAAAAUAUUUCACUAUGUUAAAUGUUUUGUUUCUAGCCUCCAGUGAGGCCAUUUCUUUAACAGGACCAAUAUUUAAAACAAAUAUUUCUUUUGUGAACUCUCUCUCUCUUGUCAUUUUCAUCUUGACUACCUCUCUUUGGGAGUUUUAUAAGGUUUCACGAACCACCGGAAAAGCACUGAAGUUCAUCAGUCUGUAAAUAGAAAUUACUGAGGUUUUUUUUUCCUUAUGGGAGUAAAAUUUAUGUGAGCUUUUGUACACAAUUUAAUUAAGUCUUUGGAUGUACUUCACUGCUUGACAGGUGAAAUCAGAAAAAAAGAUUUAAGUGUAGUAACUUGGGGUAAAUGAUUUUUUCUUAGAGAUAUUUAUUUGAUAGCAGAUAUUUAUUUGGUGCUACUGCGACCCAGUAAUUUCACAGAAUUAUCUACAACAAUGCUAAAUGCUGUUAUUUUUUAUUUUUGUCACACUCUGUGACUGAGAUUGUUCUCUUCUUGUAUUUUCUUUUUUAGAAUUGCACCAAGACAGUAACUUAACAUCGAUACAUAAAAACUGAAAAAUCUGAAUUGACUGUUCCUCUCACUGGUUUGUGAACGAGUACUGUGAAGACAUAUUGUGAGAGUUUAUCUAUAAAUUAGCUUUUAAGUGUGGCGUCACUAGUGAUUGACAAGUGCUUUUAUUGAUCGGUUACUUCAAGGCUUUUCUGACUUUGUGUAAUGUUUGUUCAGAAAUAUUGCUUAGUUCUGAUGCUUGAUGUUACCAAACAACACAUUGUUUCAUAUGGAAGAGCAGCAACCUUUCUGCGGAGGUUGCAUGAAAAAUGUGAUGAAUAAAUGUCUCAGGAACUGAA